AUGACCUCCCUUCCGGGGACGAUGACCGAGGGGAAUUCCAAACAAGAGUUCGAACUGGCAAUGCCAGUUGCACCGGCAGAACCUGCUCCCACAAUCAUUGACGACUCGGUGGAGCCCCCUUAUGGGUGGGUAGUCUGCGUUGCCAUGCACUUGAUCAAUGGAUUCACCUGGGGGAUCAUUGCGUCAUAUGGAGUCUACCUGUCUUACUACAUCAGCCAUGAAACAUUUGCCGGAGCUUCGGAUUUGGACUUCACGUUUGUCGGAGGAACAAACUUCGCUACCGCAAUGCUGUGUGGGCCUUUUGUUAACUUGUGCGUUCGGAAGCUUGGAACCCAUAUUCCUAUGUUCUGUGGCUGCUUCAUGUUUUCGGGAGGAUUUGUGGCCGCCUCUUUUGCCACCGAAUUCUGGCACCUCGUUUUGACCCAGGGCGUUAUGGUCGGGGUAGGUACCGGACUUAUCUGGUUGCCCGCCACUCCUAUUUUGCCUCAGUGGUUCAACAAGAACCGAAGUUUGGCACAGGGCAUUGCUGCUGCGGGUUCCGGAGUUGGAGGCAUUAUGUUCUCAGCUUCGACCACCCCCAUGAUUGAACACCUGUCCCUUUCUUGGUCACUUCGGAUUACCGGUUUCGUGGCAUUUGGGGUGUUGUUCAUUGCGACGCUGUUGAUUCGAGACCGCAACACGACUAUUCGUCCACGUUUCAAAGCCCUUGACACUGCUUUGCUCAAAAGAUACAGAGUAUGGCUACUAAUCGGGUACUCGUUCUUUGCAGUCCUGGGCUAUAUUUCUUGCCUCUAUUCUCUGUCCGCUUUCGCAAUUUCUAUCGGUCUUACCCAGCAUGAAGGUGGAAUCGUGAUCACGAUCCUCAAUGUUGGAACAGCUAUUGGAAGACCUUUCGUCGGUGUACUCAGUGAUCAUUUCGGCAGAAUGACUGUUGCCUGCAUAUUGACGGCGUCAAACACCGCUCUGGCAUACGCCAUUUGGAUCCCGACGGAGUCAUACGGACUACUCAUCUUUUUAUCUCUGAUUUUGGGCGCAACCAGUGGCGUCUACUGGGGUACCAUUGCGCCACUGUGCGCUGAAGUAGUUGAUCUGAAAGAACUCCCGUCGACGCUCAGCCUGAUGUGGUUGACUAUUUCCAUGCCUGCUCUGUUUUCAGAAGCAAUCACGCUCGAAAUUCGGCUCCCGAACUCCGAUAGGCCUUAUAUCUGGCCUCAAAUCUACACUGGAUUGACAUUCUUGAUCGGCAGUCUUUUUAUGCUGGAGCUGCGGAGACAGAAAUGGGCUUUCCGGCGAGAAAGGCACCGGUAA